UUGUGAAGGGAGUCACGAGUCAAGGUGUCAUAAUAGUCAUAAAUAUUAUAUGACACCAUAAAUAUAUUGAUAUUAACAAUGCACUAAAAAUAACGGAACAAUCAAACAUUAGCGAUAACGCACGGUUGUAAUAUUAUAACAAUGUAAUAAUAAUACGUCUAAAAUUGUUUGGCGGCCAAAAAAGAGUGAAAUCUACUAGGCCUUUUGAAUAAAUAAUAUAAUUUGAUUGAAUAUUAUUUUCAUUAAAUGCUUUAAAUUGAAAAUGCAUAAAAGCUGAUGUGGGACACUCACUCCCCAGGACUGUGUAGGCAGGGAGCGGCCGCAGCAGCUGCAGAAUUCCAUGUGGAGGGUCCUCCUGCACUCGGAGCGGUGCUGUACCAAGGCUUUUUUAAUUGGUUGUUACUGUUAGCUUUUUUUUUUUUUAUCUCCAUUGUAUACGCAUGAGCAUUGACGCAACAGCAGCAAUAGCAGCAGCAACAGCAGGCUCCAUGACUAUAACACUGUGCCGGGCUAUGGUCACUUCCUGAUGCCCCGUGUCCCUCUGUAGCAGACAGGUACACCGCCGAUCAGAGUUUUCCAUUCCUAGAGGUGUGCUCUGUUUGGGAAAUGGAACGGCAGAGCCCAGCAGACAUGCAGGCAGUGAAGACCAUAGACGCUCACACCUACACCACACCAACUACUGUCACCAUGGCAACAACCAGCUGCAGCGACAGCACACUGUGCACGCAGGCACCCUUAGCUUCCCUUAGCAUCCUGCCCUCAGACCAACAGGCAGUUCGGGUGAUCCAGCACACCAUCCACAGACCUCAGAGCAUGGCAGCUCAGUACCUGCAUCACAUGUACGCAGCUCAGCAGCAGCACCUGAUGCUGCAGACAGCAGCCCUGCAGCAGAGCCAGUACCAGCACAAACCUCAGCUGCAGAGCUUGGCCACCAUUCCACAGGCUUCUGUUUGUCAGAGGCAGCUGUCAUCUCCCUCAUCCACUGACGGUAUGGUUCCUCCUGCUGGUGUUUCUCAAACCUCAAUCACUUUACCAGCAUCUUCAGUGACAGCCCACCUGAUUGGCCGCAGCCAAACGUCCAACUCCACUGCUGCAGCCACAGUAUCCCAGCAGGCCAUGCUGCUGGGAAACCGACCGGCCAACUGUAACCAAGCUCAGAUGUAUCUUCGGACUCAGAUGUUAAUUCUAACUCCUGCAGCUCCAGUGGCUGCAGUUCACUCAGAGCUCCCUGCGUUCACCUCCUGCUCCACCUUGCCGACCUCCUCUGAGGUUCAUAAUCUGUCUCUGCAUGCUCACCUGCCUGGAGCUCUAGCUGCAGCCAACAGUGUGGUCCUAAAGCCAACUCCUCAGACUCAAGUCCCCUUUUCAGCUGCUUCUGUGUCCAAGACCUCAGUCUGUGCUGUAAAGACCAACCACAUGAUCGAUGAAACAGAUCAUCCUGGACCUCGGACGCUAAAUACAUCCCUUUCUCCAGUACAUACACAUACUCUGGAGAAGAAGCCGUUGAGCUGUCCAUCAGGCCAACAGGUGGCGCACCACCAGCUCAUCCUUCAGCAAGCCACUGCAGGUGCCCUGAACCACAAACGUCUCCAUCCUAUUGCCCUCAAAGUCGCCCCACAAGAACCAAACUGCCAACCUCUUUCUCUUUCAAUAAAAAGACUGACCACACCCAGCACCCAGACACAGACCAACACUGACCCCCAAGUCUCCUCCGCUCCUUUGUCCUCUUCUUCUUCUCCAUCUGUUACCACUGCGACUACAUCUUCAGCUCAAAACUCCAUCCCAGCUGCCACUGUUCAAUCUCAGCCUCCUCCUCUGGUGGCUGCUCCGAAGCGACAGUCUUCAAUCCUACAGGCUCAGAAUCAGCCCCCACCUCCUCCACCACCCCUGGUUCUCCACAGGCUGCCUCCAAAUCCUCCUGCCUCCCUUCAGAGGUUCUCCCUGCACUCUGUCCAUGCAUUGGCAGUGCAGACAGGGCAGAGGUUGCGGACAGAGCAAGAGCUUUCUAUAGCGGAGGCCCUAAACCUGAUGCCUUACCAAAACCUGCCUCCUCCUCAGACGGUGGCUGUUGACCUGAAGGUCCAUUUAGUAGGACGCAGAGAGAGCUCAUCAAUGACUUUCAGUGAAAUUCAGGCAGCGCAGGAGUCUAAGGAGAAAAGACUGAGUCCAGAAGAGACGAAGGAAGGAAGUUUGAUUAGUCCACAGAAGGACAAGACCCCUGAAGCUGUCAUCGUACCGUCAAAGCAAAAUGGUGAAGAAAAACAUUCGGCCUCCACCACGUCCAGCCAGUCGGUGAUAAAAAUACCACAGGUGGAGAAGUCUGCCUCCCUCACUACGAUCAGCCACCACCCUCCCCCUUCAUCUUCUCCUCCUCUACCUAUGUCUGCUCCCCCCACUGCAGUCCGAAGUCCCCCUCAGAUCACCUCUGCCCCCACCAGCCUCCCAGGAAGUCCUGACAGGAUGUGCACAAGCAGUGUCCUCACACACCUGAUCGAGGGCUUCGUCAUCAGAGAGGGACUGGAGCCGUUCCCAGUGAAUUCAUCCUCGCUCUCAGAGGAGCAGCAGGCUUCACUUCCAGAGCCACAGGACAUUCACACCAACGGGAGUCCAGCAGCCGAGGACAGCCCCGUGGAUGCUGACCUGUCGGAAUCUUCAGACUCCGAGAUGGAAAACGGUGGUCCACCAGCAGAGGAGCUGGGAGACGAAGCAGAAGCAGCAUUACUGCAGUGUGAAUACUGUGGAGGCAGAGGUUACGCCCAGACGUUCCUGCGCUCACAACGCUUCUGUUCCAUGACAUGUGUCAGAAGGUUCAACGUGAGCUGCACCAAGCGUGUCACCAGACUAAGAGCAGGCCGCUGGAGCAGCAGACCACUGGGGCGGAGAGGACGACCACCAAGCAGAAUGAAUGUAGCCUUUCUGAGACGGGCUCAGGGCUCCUACCCUCCUGUGAGGAGCCAGCAGUGUUCAGAGAGAGAUGAAGAACUGCAGGAGGUGCAGGAAGAGGAAGAGCAGGAAGAUGAGCAUCCUGCUCCAAUGAAAACCAGACUCCAGAAGUUGACUGAGAGGGAGCAGGAGAGGGAGAGUGAGCGGGUGAUGCCAGAGACAAUCAGUGUUUCUGAUGGAGAGGACGAUGACGGUCUUCCUUCACAGUGGAAUGUGGAACAAGUGUUUUCCUACAUCUACUCCUUGCCUGGUGGUUCUGUUGUUGCCGAGGAGUUUCGUUCUCAGGAAAUCGAUGGCCAGGCUCUACUGCUCCUCACGGAGGAUCAUCUGGUCAGCACCAUGAACCUUAAACUGGGACCUGCUCUCAAACUCUGUGCCCAAAUACAGUCUCUGAAAGAUGAAUAAAAAAAGAAAGAGUCUGAGAGAAUCUUCUUGCCCUGGGAUUAUCCACUCACCAACCCAGAUCGGGAUAAUCUUGAUAACACUGCCGGGGAAUUCUCCCCUGAGUGAGAACACCAGUGUUUCCAUCAGACCGGUGAGACAAAGUCCAGUCAGUCGAGCAGCUGAUAUGAACUCAAACUGAAGCAUCUACCCUCGAUUACCUCUACUAUACAUUUGUUUGGAAUGGUUUAAAAUGCUAUUUGUAUUGUUUAUAAUAAAAUACAUCAAGGACGUUGUACAAUAUGAAAGUUUACAAAACAGAUGUUGUCUACUUAUUAUUUGGGGUUGUAAUUAUUAUAAAAGAAAACGUUGUUAUUAUUGCCACCAUUGAAAUAUAAAUUAAAUUGUAAAAACACCUUAUUGUCAACUUUUUUUACACCUUGUACCUUCCCUUCAAUUAUUUUGCUC